GAGGCAUGCCGGGAGUCGUAGUGCUAAUUGCGUUCGGGGGUCGGCGAGGACAGCUCGCCGGCUUUCUGCGGGCUCGGUUCGUGGGUGACCCUGGUUCCGCCAGGGCGACCCAUCUAGGGCUGCGAAGGUCCCAGCUGUCUCUUCCGGGCUGUGGUCCGAGCCAGAGCCUCUUUGAAUGAGGCGGCGUGCGGAGUCUCGGUGGGGAGCGGCGGGGCGUCUGUGACAGGCCCAAGGCAGCGAGGGGAUUGGCGCGGACGCCGGGAGACGGCCGCGCGGCCGGUCGGUCAGGAGGCGCGCGGUCGCGUGUUGGCCAGGCCGCUGUCCCCUGUGGGGCCUCACGCGGACGCGGGGCGGGAGCGCUCCUGCCAGGUGAUCUGGUGACUUGCCUUGGCAGCACUCUGCUCUCCCUUGACAAGAAAAAUAAGAAGGAAGGAAUGGCCAUGGACUUGGUGCCUGCACUGGUGACAGAGUCAGUGACGUUUAGGGAUGUAGCUGUGCUCUUCAGCCAGGAGGAGUGGGGACAGCUGGACCCUGCUCAGAGAGCCCUAUACCGGGAGGUGAUGCUGGAGAACUACAGCAACCUGGUCUCACUGGGAAUUCCGUUUUCCAAACCAAAGGUCAUUUCCCAGUUACAGCAAGGGGAAGACCCCUGGAUGGUGGACAAAGGAGUUCCUCAAGGCACCCGUCAAGGGAUUCCAUUUUCAAUGCCAGAGGUGACCUGCCAGUUGCUACAAGAAGAUCCCUGCAUAGUAGAAAGAGAAAUCUCCCAAGGCACCGGUCUAGGUUUGAAGACUUGGCCUAAAAUAGAAAUAUUGCCUUCAAGACAGGACAUUUUUACAGAAGAAACAUCUCAGGGAAUAAUAAUGAAAAAAGCCAUUAAGUAUGGUCACUGGAACAUCAAAUUUGGAGAAACUUUAGAUUUUGAGACCAGGCUAGAACAGGAGCAACAGAAGAAACCUCUUAGGCAAAUGGUAGCCUCAUACAAGAAAACCAUCAGUGAAGAUGGAAACCAUACAAGUCUUGACCUGGGGAAAAGCUUAUUUAUAAAUACAAUUCUUGUUAGACAACAGAGUGUUCCUAUAGAAAGGAUACCUAGUAUAUAUUAUACUUUUGGGAAAGAUUUUAAACAAGAUUUUGAUCUAAUGAAAUGCUUCCAAAUUUAUCCAGGAGAAAACCCUCAUAUUUAUAAUGAAUAUGGCAAGAAUUUUAACCAUAAUCUUCAUUUUAUUGAACAUCAGGGAAUUCAUACUGGUGAGAAACCCUACAAAUGUAAUGAGUGUGGGAAAGCCUUCAGCCACAGAUCAUCCCUUCUUGCCCAUCAGAGAAUUCAUACUGGAGAGAAACCGUACAAAUGUAAUGAAUGUGAGAAAGCAUUUAGCAGCAGUUCAACCCUUAUCAAACAUCUGAGAGUACAUACUGGAGAGAAACCCUAUCAAUGUAAUGAAUGUGGUAAAGCCUUUAGCCAAUGUUCAACCCUCACUGUACAUCAGAGAAUUCAUACUGGAGAGAAACUCUAUAAGUGUGGGGAAUGUGAGAAGGCCUUUAAUUGCAGAGCAAAACUCCAUAGACAUCAAAGAAUCCACACAGGUGAGAAACCCUAUAAGUGUAGUGAAUGUGGGAAAGGUUACAGCCAGUUUACAUCUCUGGCUGAACAUCAGAGACUCCAUACUGGAGAACAGCUGUGUAAAUGCACGGAAUGUGGGAGAACCUUCACACGCAUCUCAACCCUUAUUGAACAUCAGAGAAUUCAUACUGGACAGAAACCCUAUCAAUGUAAUGAGUGUGGGAAAACCUUCAAUCAGUAUUCAUCCUUUAAUGAACAUCGGAAAAUUCAUACUGGGGAAAAACUGUAUACAUGUGAAGAAUGUGGGAAAUCCUUUGGUUGCAAAUCCAACCUUUAUAGGCAUCAGAGAAUUCAUACUGGAGAGAAACCGUAUCAGUGUAGUCAGUGUGGAAAAGCUUUCAGCCAGUAUUCAUUCCUAACCGAACAUGAGAGAAUCCAUACUGGAGAGAAACUCUAUAAAUGUAUGGAAUGUGGGAAAGCCUACAGUUACAGAUCAAACCUUUGUAGACACAAAAAAGUUCACAAUAAAGAAAAACUCUGUAAAUGGAAGGAAUACGAGAAACCUUUCAUCUACAGCUCGUCCCUUACUCAUUAUCAGAAUUUUCUUAAAGGAGAUAAGCCCUAUGAGAUUUAAUUUCUCAAAGAGUCCAAGACUUAUCAUGGGAGAAUAAUCAGGGGAAUAAUAAAUAGGGCACAAAUUCCUAAUAAAUUAAAUCUUUUUAUUUCUCCUACAGGAAAUACACUUGUUUUUAGGUGCUGUCAAGUUGGUUCUGACUCAUAGCAACCCUACAUACAACAGAAGUAAACAGUGCCCAGUCUUGUACCAUCCUCACAAUUGUUGCUAUGUUUGAGCCCAUUGUUGCAGCUACUGUGUUACUGCAUCUUGUUGAGGGUCUUCCUCUUUUUCACUGACCCUCUACCAAACAUGGAGUCAUUCGCCAGGGACUGGUCCCCCUGAUAACAUGUCCAAAGUUGGUGAGAACUUUGCUAGGAAAUAUGCUAGUUAGCACUAAGUAAUGGUAGAAUUGUUCAAUGAAUAUAUGAAAAGCAUGGAUUAGUCAAAUUCUAGGAGAACCAUUAAAUACCCAAGAUUUCUAAAAACCUAUAAACAAAAUUUUAAAAUUCAUAGCCAGGAAAAUGUAAAAGGCCUAACAUUUUUUAAAAAAGCAUGAAGAAUAGUUGAAUAUAAAUUUUGUUACUCUCAUUAGACUGUAUUCCCUUUCUAUGAGUAAGCAUCUAUAUGUUUUCUUUUUAAAAAAGUCAUUGUGUUACUGUAAAUAAUGUAAAUAAGUAUAAGACCUUAUUUUAUAAAAUGGCAGGCAGAUACAGGAAAGGCUUCUUUUCAUAAAGAAAAACUAAAUAUAAAAAAAAUUCUUUAACUUCUUUCGUGUGAAAAUAGUCAAGUUCACUUCUUACGAGCUGCCCUAUCAACAAGUUAUAUGUAUAUAAACAUACACAUAAUAUACACACAUAUACACAUUAUAUAUUUGUAUUCACACAUAGUAUUGGAAUAUAUGUAUAUUUUUCACAUGUCCUUGAUUACUAUAAAAUGCAUUUUUAUUAAUUGAAAUUAAUUUCAGUUUACUUUUGAAAAUUAAAAUUUUUCCAAAUACUCUUUUCCUUUUCUACUCCUAUAUUAUUUCUUCAUUUGAUAUGAUUCUGUAUUACUAGAGUCCUAUAGUACUACAGAAAGUGGAGGAAACUGAAGCAAAUGGAGAGACUGUCAUGCAAAUACUUUGCUGUCUGUUGCAGAAGGUAUACAUUUGACGGAAUCUCAUACUAUACACCUGAUAACCACUUGUUAGAGCCAAGAGAGAUUUUAGGUUAAUCAAAUUAUAGUCUUUCAUUUUACCAAUGAAGUAGCCAAGCUGAGUCAACACUAGAAUGUAGGUAUUCAGCUCUAGUAUUCUGUGAUAACUGAAGAUUCAUUUCCAGCUUCAAGGCUCAAGAGUACUAUUUGUUUUGUAAACUGUUUAGACAAAAUUGCUGUAAUUAGCUAUAUUUUGAUCUUUGAGGUAUUUUUCCCCACUCAUUUUAAUUUUAAUAAUAGGCCUACAGUAAAUGGUUUCCUUUAUCAUAUGAAUCUCUGAUUAUACCUGCCUCUAUGAUAAAAAAAAAAAAAUGAUAAUUGUACUUAAAUCCUCAAACUCAGCUGAGGCCCAGAUGCUGUAAUUGCUUUUAGGAGUUUCAUAUACAAAGUUUUUUUGUUUGUUUCUGUUGCAAAUCUUUUAGCAAUUCUUUUUUGUAAAGAAAUAGAAACACCCAGUGUCAAGUUGAUUCUGAAAGGAUUAUAUGAUUAUGUUAUUAUUAAACAUCCUUUUCAUUCUAAAUUGGUUAUCCAAACAUUUUCCAUGCUUUUAAGAUUCAUUUCCUCCUGGGCCUACUUCUUCCAAUUUUUUAUGUGACUUUGAUAACUGGUUAUCAUUUAAAAAAUUGUUCUAAUACAAUUAGCUAGAACCUUUUGUCUGGGAAAGGUUUUAGAAUUAAAGCAAACUCAAGAAAUCAGCAUAGUAUAUUUCUUAAUUGACAUCUUACCUCAUCAGAAAUAUGAUUUUAUACAUUUAAUUAUAUUUAGAAGGAAAAUGAAGCUGUUAAACAGACCUAAGUGUUUAACAUUGUACAGAGCUAUCUGCAUGAUAUUCUAGAUAAAAACAUGUAUGGUUACAUAAUAGCAGUGAGCAUGCUUAGUACCCAGAUUUUGGUUUUUAAAUAAUAUUACUCACUAGAAGAAACCAGGGCUCCUUGGAGAAAAGGCUGAUUCCAUGUUUGUAGCAAGUGUAAGGGAUGUCUGGAAUAUCUUUAAAAAAAAAGAUAACACUCAUAGAUAGUGGGCUAUCAGAGGGCACAGGAAUAAGCAUUCCCACUAGCCAAACUUACGACAAUUUUUAAAUAUCAACAAGGAUAAUGACUGAUUGAUUAUAUUAAAUAAAAAACACCACCAUACCACACACACAUACACACAUCUGUAAUGAUGAAAAAAAGGAAAGCUCUUUAUAAAAUUAUUGAAAAAUGACAUCUUUGAAAUAUGCAUGGAAUGAUAGAAAAGUCACCAUUUUGCAACCCUUAAUUAAAUCGGGCAAAAAAAUCAAUAGAUGGUAAAGCCUAUUAAGUGAAGAAUUUUUAGAAAAUAUUUGUACUAUGUCAAAACAUCGUACCAAUUGCAAAAGAAAGAUAAACCUUUAUAAUAGAUCUGGCAGCCAAAUGGGUUUAACCACUAGUGGGACAACCUGGCAUUAUGUGGCUCAUGAUGAAAUGUAAUUUUUUUCAUCUUUUUUUUUUUCAUCUAAGGAGCAUGUUCCCCACAUGUAUUAUUUUUUGUUUUGUAGUCCUGUCUAUGAAGAGUGGGCUUCGUGGAUGGUUUCAGUUCUAGGUUAACAGAGCGUCCAGGGGCCAUAAUUUCGGGGAUUCCUCCAGUCUCCAUCAGACCAUUAAGCCUGGUCUUUUUAUGUGAAUUUGAAUUCUGUUCUACAUCUUUCUCCUGCUCUGUCCUGGACUCUGUUGUGUUCCCUGUUAGGGCAGUCGGUGGUGGUAGCCAGGCACCAUCUAGUUCUGGUCGCGGGCUGAUGAAGUCUCUGGUUCAUUUGGUCCUUUAGUAUUUUCUUUGUGUCUUUGGUUUUCUUCAUUCUCCUUUGCUCCAAGUGGAAUGGGACCAAUAGAUGUAUCUUAGAUGGCUGCUCGAAAGCUUUUAAGACCCCAGAUGCUACUCACCAAAGUGGAAUGUAGAACAUUUUCUUUAUAAACUAUGUUAUGCCAGUUGAUCUAGAUGUCCCCCGAAACUAUGGUCCCCAGGCCCCAGCCUUAGCUCCUCUGUCCCUUGAAGUGUUUGGAUGUGCCUAGGAAACUUAUUUGCUUUUACUCUGGUCCAGUUGUGCUAACUUUCCCUGUAUUAUGUGUCGUCCUUCCCUUCCCUGAAGUUGACCCUUGUCUGCUACCUAGUUAGUGAUUUCCCCUCCUCCUCCCUCCCUACUCUCAAAACCAUCAAAGAAUGCGUCUUUUCUUGAGUUCUUAUGAUAGUGGUCUCAUACAAUAUUUGUCCUUUUGUGACUGACUUACUGAAAUGUAAUUCGAAGCACGCAUCAUCAUACAUGAUUUAUUUUUUUCUGAAAAUGUUUAACUAAAAUCUAAUAAAGUCUCUCACCGAAACUUAGCUUCCUGUUUAUAAGAUGUACAAGGGAUAGAGAAGCAGGAUAAAUCACACAAUGAGGAAAUAACUAGACAAAUCCACAAUUUGGGACAUUCUACAAGACCGCUGGUUUGGACCCUUCAAAAAGCCACUCUAAU